UUUGUAGAAGCUUGGUGAGAACGUGCGCCGUGAAAUAGAACGUGAAAUCCAAGAAAAAAAAAGUUCCGUAUCGUAUGUUUCUUUGCAUAGCUAUAUGUUUUAGAUCUACCAGCAAUGAACAACUCGAUGGCUCUAAGUGAUACAAAACUAGUAUCUGAUGAACAUUGUCUUUCUGUCAGCGUUUCAUUCGACAAUCCAAGCUUCGCAGAAGUUGCCAUGCGCUCACUUUCCGUGGAUCCUUCUCCUCCACGUUCUACAGUUAAAGAACAAUUAAAUCAAAAGGGGUCCGACCUCAUCUGUACAUUUUCUGCCCCUGUCACUGUUAGCAAUAGAAACCAGCAGUUACGAAAAUUACGUAUUGCUGUUAAUAGCUGGCUUGAUCAUGUCAUUUUGGUUUCGGAAACAAUCAGUGCGUUUGGAACAAUGAACUCAAAUUUUACAUCUGAGCGAGCUAUUAAUGGCUUUUAA